CUCAAAAAUUUCAAAAAUCCUCACCGGAAUCCUCUGUUCCUCACCGGAAAACCGCAACAAAACCACACUUUUCGAUUUUUUCAGCCAUUUUUUGUCAUUUUUCCACCAAACCAACAACAAACCCACCCUUCCUACACAAAUAGCGGCCUAUCCCUCCAUUUUGAGGAGAUUUGGCCGACGUUUUUGUCGCAGGAGGCGAUUUCUGGCGAGGCUCCGACGAGCACUUCCGGGCACUUUUUCGGCGUUUCGUCGCUUCCAUCGCCUUCCCCUCAUCAUCCCCUACACCUCUACUUGAGUCUCCAGGUUUGAUUUUGCCCUUAACUUUGUUAAUUGUGGAGAAUUGGGUGUUAGGGCGCAUGUUUAGAGAACCUCAUUGAAUCUUGUGAUUUUUGUGCAAUUGAUUAAGGGGACUGCAUGGAGUGUGUUUGAAUUGUGUUGGGCAAAGUCCCUCUUGGUUGUUUACCUUAAUAGUGCACACAAGGUGUUCGAUGAAAUGCCUGUUUUUCAUGCUAUGUUGUGGGCACCGGUUGUGGCCCUUAUUGAUGUGUUUUGAGGGUGUGUUUGCUAUGGAUGUGAACCUUAAGUUGCCUACUUUAUCGUGAAUGUGCACCCCCACUCAGAUUAUGCUUGAUUUAUCGAGUUUUUGACCCCCGAACUAUGGAUGAAACCAUGGUUAGGCUGUUUUCUGUUCUUAAGUGUGGGGGUGUGAUUAACAUUUUCCUUGGCUCUUUUGGUUCCACUUUGGGCUGUUCUUUUGCAGGACCAUGUCGAAGCCCAACCUCCGGCAUCAAUAUGUUCAAGAUUUGAGAAGGGGACCCUACCAGGAUUGUUUUAAGAACGUCCUGGCCUGCAAGUUUGGGCAGCAUCAUUACUGGUCCAAGCGAGAGUUGGAGACGCUGAACUGCUACGAGCACCUCUCCCCCGUUGUCACCAACCGCUACUGGCGCCGCCUACUCAGCAUUCGCGAGAAGGUGUACCAUGAGCUCGUGCUCGAGUUCUACACUAACUUCGAGCACGUAGCCACGGACAAUUGGAAGGACGACGAAGCCGUCCAGUUCCGGCUCGGCGGUGUACCACGCUCCAUGAGCUACGACGAGCUGGCGAACGCCCUCGGCCUCAACCUGGUCAAUGACAGGAACUACCUCACCGAGAGCGCUGAGCCAGCGGUGGUGGACUUCUGGAGGCUAUACUUCAGCCUCGCUCGGCCACGUCAGCUUCCCUUAAAGUCGGGGAAGACAAAGGCCAGCACAUUGCAGCUCAACAACCGCAUCCUCCACCACAUGCUGGCCAAGUCUUACACCCCAGCCUCAGACAGUGCCAGCGCCAUCACCAAGAGAUCCCUAUACUUCAUCCAGUCCAUGCGCCAGAGGGAUCAUCCCCUUCACUUGGGCUCGAUGGUGGCGACGACCUUCGAGAAGAGUGCUUCUGAGCUGAAGAAACUCCACUGCUCUCCCCUCAUCACCCGCCUGGCAGACCACUUCCAGAUAUCCCUGCAGGGGUGCACAGAGCAGGAAGAGGCCACUCCCUUUGGCAGGUUUACGAUCAACAAAAUGCAACUGCUUCGGGAAGAGCGCGGUGUCAUGUGGAUCAAGGGGUUUCCUCAACCUCAGAUCCCAGCGGAGGUCCAGCCGGAGGUUCCAGAGGGUGCAGCUGAUGAGGAGGUCCAUCCCGAGGACGUGGAUGAUACUGCUGCCGCCCGCCCCACCACCUUCGAGUACGGGGGUGGCAGUUCCAGCGUCCCCGGCCAGGACUACUUUUCUCAGCAGUUCGAGCAGCUGCGGCUCCAGAAUCAGCAGCUCUACGACUGUCAGAUGCAGUUUCAGCAGCAGUACUCGGCUCACCAUGCCGAGUACCAGACCAGGAUGGCAGUGUAUGAUGAGCGCCUGGACAGGAUGGAGACCCAGCAGGGGAUAGCCUUGGCGCGCAUCGAGAGGGAGCAGGCCCGAGCUAGGCGCAUGCAGGAGGUACAGGGGCAUCUGCUCCAGCUGCUACCGGGCGAGUAGCCAGUUUGGAGGACUUCCUGGGAGGACUCUCCACUUCCACCUCCCCCAGCUUAUGACGACGAUGCAUUCAUGAAUGACAUCGAUCUGGACAACCUCAGCGACGAGUAGGCUGUACUCGUUGCCCAUCUCAGUGUGUUUUGUUUUUCGUUUUAGACUUGUGUGUUUUUGCUCCAUGUGUGAGGAGCUUGAACUUAGUGUCGUUUGUUUUUGUUUGUUUCUUUUGUGGAUUGUUUUUGCUGUAGCCGUCUGGGCUAACACUUAUCCCUAACACAACAUGUGCUAGUGUGUUCUUGGUGUUCGAUUCGUGCAGAACUGUCCAUCUUCCCGUUUGUUUCUCGCUGACUGGUCCACUUCCAGUCCCCCAGCAGUUUCAAUCCGGUAACAUCGUCCCCCUUAUCUCUCCCUCUACUCCAUUGAGGGCAAUGUCGUGCUUAAGUGUGGGGGGGUGCUUUGUAUCGGUUGGAAUAUAUAUUUGGGUGCUUG